GCGCGCGAGGGCGCGCGGGUGGCGGCGCUGUGCUUGCUGUGGUACGCGCUGAGCGCGGGCGGCAAUGUGGUCAACAAAGUGAUCCUGAGCGCCUUCCCGUUCCCCGUGACCGUGUCGCUGUGCCACAUCCUGGCGCUGUGCGCGGGGCUCCCGCCGCUGCUGCGCGCCUGGCGCGUGCCCCCAGCGCCGCCCGUCUCGGGCGCGGGGCCCAGCCCGCAUCAGUCGCCCGGCCCGCUGCUGCCGCCGCGCUUCUACCCGCGCUACGUGCUGCCGCUCGCCUUCGGCAAGUACUUCGCGUCCGUGUCUGCGCACGUCAGCAUCUGGAAGGUGCCCGUGUCCUACGCGCACACCGUCAAGGCCACCAUGCCUAUCUGGGUGGUCCUCCUGUCCCGGAUCAUCAUGAAGGAGAAGCAAAGCACCAAGGUGUACUUGUCACUCAUCCCCAUCAUCAGUGGUGUCCUGCUGGCCACUGUGACCGAGUUGUCUUUCGACAUGUGGGGGCUUGUCAGCGCCCUCGCUGCCACACUGUGCUUCUCCCUUCAGAACAUAUUCUCCAAAAAGGUGUUGAGAGAUUCACGGAUCCACCAUCUCCGGCUGCUGAACAUCUUGGGCUGCCACGCUGUCUUCUUCAUGAUCCCCACCUGGGUCCUGGUAGACCUCUCGGCUUUCCUGGUCAGCAGCGACUUGACCUACAUCUCCCAGUGGCCCUGGACACUCCUACUCCUGGCUGUCAGCGGCUUCUGUAACUUUGCCCAGAAUGUCAUCGCCUUCAGCAUCCUCAACCUCAUCAGCCCCCUCAGCUACUCGGUCGCCAAUGCCACCAAGAGAAUCAUGGUCAUCACAGUGUCCCUGAUCAUGCUGCGCAACCCAGUCACCAGCACCAACGUCCUGGGCAUGAUGACGGCCAUCCUGGGGGUCUUCCUGUACAACAAGACCAAGUACGAUGCAAACCAGCAAGCCAGGAAGCACCUCCUCCCAGUCACGGCGGCAGACCUGAGCAGCAAGGAGCGUCACCGGAGCCCCCUGGAGAAGCCCCACAAUGGCCUCCUCUUCCCUCAGCACGCACAGCAACACCUCAACAGAUCACUUCCAGUACAGCCGGCAGAGCUACCCAAACUCCCACAGUUUGAACCGUUAUGAUGUGUAGAGCCCAGAGGACAGGAUGAGGAUGUUCUGCCCUGCGACUCCUUCCCCCACCCCCAGCAGCAUCAGGAACUUCUGACAACAAGUGAAUGUACAACCUAGCGGAGGGCAUGGUGUGGAACUUCCUAGCAUCAGAAGACCCUGGGCUUCCCUGCCCACUGGGAGCAGCAGGAAGUCAUGCCUCCAGUGGGGACAGCCGCAGGCUCUGGGCAGAGGCAAAUCUAAACGGAGACCGGCAUUUUAUGCUCUUUCUUCCUGGAGUCUGUCACCUGAGGGCUGUGUCCCUGCAGAGAUCUUGGCCAAGUUGUACAUUUCAGUGUGGAAUUACUCCCCAAGCAGCGUAUUUCGGAGCUCUUGUUCUGCCGUACAGAUGACAUUUCGGGCCCUGCUGGGAAAGGUGGGAUCGCUGUGGAAGUGACCAUGGAGCUGGCAAGAGGUGGUUUCUGGGGGUGGGGAGCGGGGUCCUUUAACUCCACGACUCAGAUGCACGUGACACAGGUGUUGAGUGGACAAGGAGCCUAUUCAUUCGAAACAUCUGUAGCAUCAGAGACUGACCGGCUUCCGAGUCAUCCCCAUGGCCGUUUGCAAUUCCUGGCAGACGUUCCAAAGUGCAAAAGCUGUUGCAAUUAGCAUCCAAUUUCCUAGAGCUGAUUCUUUAACCUGCAAGUGAGAGCUGGCGUCCACCCAGACCCAGAGGGAAGGGAAACUGCUCCCUCUCCUCUGCCCUUUUCCUCCCUUGCCAGAGCAGAGCACUUCUAGGGUAGGAAGAAGAAUCGAUCUUUAAGAAAUCAUGUUCAAUAUUUCAAGCUCUACUUAUGUAGCACUUGUUUUUGCAGAUAAGUCUUCACUGAUUCUCGAUGACUGGGUAGGAUGUUUGAUAGGGAGAUCUUGAUUUUAUGAUGAUGAUGCAUUUUUCUAAGAAAUAUUUUGUAGUUGUGUGUUUGCAUUUAUGUCUUGAUCCCCAUGAGGGAAUGACAUGUUAGGACUGGCUUAUGGGUCAAAAGCAGUUUUGUUUCUAAAUGUUUAAAAACAUGAAAGGUUCCUACUCAUGAUGCCUGUCUGACAAAUUUUGGUAUUUAGUAGGAAGCAAUGAAGUGGGGUUUUUUUGUUUUGUUUUGUGUUUUAGAGGUAGGGUCUUGCUAUGUUGCCCAGGCUGGAGUGCAGUAGC